AUGUCUGCUCCUAAAACCGCCAUCAUCUCUGUCUACGACAAAACCGGAUUGUUAGACCUGGCCAAGGGCCUUGUUAAGAACGAUGUUCGUUUGCUCGCUUCUGGUGGUACUGCCCGUAUGAUUAGAGAUGCAGGCUUCCCUGUUGAGGAUGUUUCUGCCAUCACUCACGCUCCUGAGAUGCUUUCUGGUAGAGUCAAGACUCUGCACCCUGCUGUCCAUGCUGGUAUUCUCGCUCGAAACAUCGAGAGCGAUGAGAAGGACUUGACCGCCCAAGGAAUUGAGAAGGUCGACUUUGUUGUGUGCAACUUAUAUCCUUUCAAGGAGACCAUUUCCAAAGUCAACGUUACUAUCGAAGAAGCUGUCGAAGAAAUUGACAUUGGUGGUGUAACUUUGCUAAGAGCUGCUGCCAAGAACCAUGCACGUGUCACUAUCCUCUCUGAUCCUGCUGACUAUCACGUCUUCUUACAAGAGCUGGAGAAGGAUACUGUUAAGAACGAGAUUUCUCUUGAAACCAGACAAAGAUUGGCUUUGAAAGCUUUUGAGCACACUGCUCUUUAUGAUGCAACCAUUGCCGACUUUUUCCGUAAACAAUACUCUGAGGACAUCUCACAAUUGCCUCUAAGAUAUGGUGCCAACCCUCACCAAAAACCCGCUCAGGCUUUUGUUACCAAUGGUGAAUUGCCAUUCAAGGUUCUUUCUGGCUCUCCAGGUUACAUUAACUUGCUCGACGCUUUGAACUCGUGGCCAUUGGUUAAGGAACUGUCUGCUUCUCUUAACCUUCCUGCUGCAGCCUCCUUCAAGCAUGUUUCUCCUGCUGGUGCUGCUGUAGGCUUACCUCUCAGUGAUUUGGAAAAGAAGCUCUACUUUGUCUCUGAUAUCGAGAACUUGUCUCCUUUGGCUAACGCUUAUGCUCGUGCUAGGGGUGCCGACCGUAUGUCAUCAUUCGGUGACUUCAUUGCCCUUUCUAAUAAGGUCGAUGUUCCUACUGCCCAGAUUAUUUCUAAGGAAGUUUCUGAUGGUGUUAUCGCCCCAGGUUACGAGCCAGCAGCUCUUGAAAUUUUAAAGAAGAAGAAGGGAGGAAAGUACUGUGUGCUUCAAAUCGACCCCAACUACAACCCUGAUUCAAUUGAGACUCGUCAAGUUUACGGAAUCUCUCUCUCUCAAAAGCGCAACGAUGCUGUUAUCAACUCGUCGACUUUCCGUGAGAUCAUCUCCAAUAACAAGCAGAUCACUGAACAGGCUCUCAUUGAUUUGACUGUCGCUACUAUUGCCCUCAAAUAUACACAAUCUAACUCCGUCUGCUAUGCCAAGAAUGGUAUGGUGAUCGGUCUUGGAGCUGGCCAGCAAUCGCGUAUUCAUUGUACUAGACUUGCUGGUGACAAAGCCGACAAUUGGUGGCUCAGACAACACCCCAAGGUUCUUGCUUUCAAAUGGGCUAAGGGAACCAAGAGACCUGAUAAGUCGAAUGCCAUUGAUCUCUUCGUCUCUGGCAACAUCCCCACUGAUGGCCCUGAGCUUGAGGAUUACAAUGCCAAGUUUGCUGAGAUCCCUGAACCACUAAGUGAUGCCGAACGGAAGGAAUGGAUCGCUAAGCUCUCUGAGGUCGCUCUUGCAUCGGAUGCUUUUUUCCCCUUCUCUGACAACGUUUACCGUGCUGUCAAGAGUGGUGUAAAGUAUAUUUCUGCCCCUAGUGGAUCCAUUCAAGACAAGGUUGUUCUUGAGGCCGCUAACUCCUUUGACGUUGUUUAUGUCGAAAACAACAUCCGACUGUUCCACCAUUAG